AUGGAUGAGCCGUACAAUCUCAAGUUGCAUCUUCCUUUCACCAGCAUACACACCUUGAAGGUAGUGAUUCGCCCCUUGGUUAUUGCAGUCGAGUAUUUUGUUUAUGAUUAUGAUUAUCGCACUUGCAAAUUGGAGAACAAUGACUUACUCGAGGCAAUAUCACCAAAGGGUCACUAUACGCUCAAGAUUGAGACAGAUAGCAAGACGUAUAUCAGUAAAAGACAGUGCGGGAAGAUAACCGAGAAUAACUGUGAUGAUGUAGCUGCAGGAACAGAAGACAACUUUCUCAUCUGGAUCAAGUGCAAAGAGUUGAUUCAAUGCCUGGUGACAGCGAAUGAACCAUGCGAGGAUUUCGAACUGAUCGAAUAG